AACAUUAAAAACCUUCCAUCGGAUUACAUGGUGUUGUUGCUGUGUGAGCAGCUUCUAGCGUCAAGGGUGGACGUGAUAUUUCAAACAUCAGAUCACUGCGUUUAUGUAUUGGGUGCCCGGAAAUUUUUCCAAAUAAACACAGCUUGAUUCAACUUGGGUGGGCAGACUUAUCAACAGACUAAUUCUAUAAACAAAUGAAGCAACAACCGAGCACACCAUUGGCUGGUACCGAGGAGACACGUGGAGAACGCUAGGAUUUUUGCAAUGAAUUUGUAAUUAAUGUGGGUGGGCUGAGAAUACAACGAAUGUUUAUCAUAGACAAUUUAUUUUCCAGUGCUAAGUCAACAUAAAAUAGCAAACUUUCAACAAUUAUUUAACAUUUUAAAGCUCAUGAGGCAGGGACACAGCGGGAGCAAGCUUGAAAGGCAGUGUGCACAAUCAGAGCUCUGGCUUGUUCCUGUGUUUUGUGCUGGACUUCUGUGUUUUGUCUCCUCUUAUUUGAGCUUCAUUUCAAUUGAAAAGGUGGCUUUAACAACCCAGCUAUGAGCCACAUAUACAACAGUUGUGUGCAGCAUCUUGGAGGCCCGCGUUCUGCUUUGAACUUAACCAAUUCUUCUAUGCUAUACGUGUAUGGAGGAGACAGCGGUAUGUUGCCUGCUUUGGGCUUUACAUCAGGUAAUAUGGUGACGAGGCAGGAGCCACCUCAAAAACCACCCUACAGCUACAUCGCUCUCAUCGCCAUGGCAAUCAAGAACGCGUCAGACCAAAAGGUUACCCUCAACGGCAUUUAUCAGUUUAUCAUGGAACGCUUUCCUUUUUACCAUGACAACAAGCAAGGCUGGCAAAACUCAAUUCGGCACAACCUCUCUCUCAAUGAUUGUUUCAUUAAGGUACCCAGAGACAAGGGCCGCCCGGGCAAAGGGAGUUACUGGACUCUCGACCCAAAAUGCCUGGAUAUGUUUGAAAAUGGGAACUACAGGCGUAGAAAACGAAAACCCAAAGCUCGAGGUUCUCUAGAUCUCAAGGUUGCCAAAAGGAGCAAAGUGAUAGACGGGGAGGCAUCUGGCCCUGGUUCUAAACUUGGACAUGACCGUGAAAUCACAGCAGGAGACCCGUUAUUUGCUCUUCCAGCAGUGACAAUCGGCACCUUGAGCACCAUUGAGGGACAGCUCCAGAAACCACACACCGACUCCAAAUGCCUGAGGAUUUUGUCAAAUGGGGACCGCGCUAUAAAUAGACUUUUUCAUUGUGCCAAGAUGCAGUACCCUUACGCGUCUUCAGCUGACUCGAAUUCUAAGCCUGUAAAGCAGGAUAAUACCCUGUCAAAAACUUCACCAUCCCCCACUGUUACAAUUUCAGUGCCACUAUUUCAAUCAAAGGAAAGCGUUUCAACCAAAGAGGAGAAGCCAACAAGUCUCUCCAACAAGGACGAUUCUAUAAAUAACUUGGCAACCGUGGACAGGACGUGCAGAGGGGCGGAUGAAAUUGCACAGACAUCUGGGACCCAGCAGACGCCUAACCCUCCUUCACGCUCGCCCAUUCAAAUGGCUACUGCAGGGCAAACCAGUCAGAAAGAAAGGCCAGCAGUACCGACCAAAAGCACCGAUAGACCAACAGGCUUUAGUAUAGAUAGUAUUCUGUCCAACAAAAGUAUUACUAAAGCCAAUGUUCAUGUAUCAGCUAUAGAUUUAGACAGCCUACGUAGCAAAUAUGUUGGUGAUCGCACUGGAGGUACAUCAGGUUUCACGAAUACCGCGUUAAUGUUUAAUGCACAACAAGUACCUGGUCGUUUUUAUCACAUUGGGUUUCCGUUGUAUCCUUACUUGCCUUUAACUUGCUCAGAACGAUUAUUCAACUAUCACUAGACACACAUCUCUGGGA